CUCCUCAUUCCCUCUGGGAACUUUGUGUGUGUCCUGGCACGCAUGCUGGAGCACUGUGGCGUGAGUGACAGCGGCUCUGUGUCAUGAAGGUUGUGGUGGUUUAAAGACAGGAGAGACCAAACACGUCGAGACCCCGAGAAAGGCAGGGACACAUUUUUGGCGGACAAAGGAUGGGUCUCCGCUCGAUUAAGCAGCUGCAAGGCAUGAGCGCGCUGUCCGUUCUCCUCCUUACAGCCCAGUCCGCCAUGCUGGCCGGGGCCCAGCGCGCCUGCCCGAAGAACUGCAGGUGCGAUGGCAAGAUCGUGUACUGCGAGUCCCACGCCUUCGCCGACAUCCCGCAGAACGUGUCGGGCGGGUCGCAGGGCCUCUCGCUGAGGUUCAACAGCCUGCAGAAGCUGCGGCCGCGCCAGUUCGCCGGCCUCAACCAGCUGGUCUGGCUCUACCUGGACCACAACUACAUCGGCUCGGUGGACGAGGAGGCCUUCCAGGGGAUCCGGCGGCUGAAGGAGCUGAUCCUCAGCUCCAACAAGAUCACCCACCUGCCCAACCGCACCUUCCACCCGGUGCCUAACCUACGCAACCUGGACCUGUCCUACAACAAGCUGCAGGCCCUGCAGCCCGGCCAGUUCAAGGGCCUGCGCAAGCUGAUCAUCCUGCACCUGCGAUCCAACUCGCUGAAGACGGUGCCCGUCCGCGUCUUCCAAGACUGCCGCAACCUCGACUUCCUGGAUCUGGGCUACAACCGGCUGAGGAGCCUGGCCCGCAACGCCUUCGCGGGCCUCCUGAAGCUCAAGGAGCUGCACCUGGAGCACAACCAGUUCUCCAAAGUCAACUUCGCCCACUUCCCUCGCCUCUUCAACCUCCGCUCCAUCUACCUGCAGUGGAACCGCAUCCGCUCCAUCAGCCAGGGCCUCGGCUGGACCUGGACCUCCCUGCACAACCUGGACCUGGCCGGCAACGACAUCCAGGGGAUCGAGCCGGGGACCUUCCGGAGCCUGCCCAACCUGCAGAAGCUCAACCUGGACUCCAACAAGCUGACCAACGUCUCCCAGGAGACGGUGGACGCCUGGAUCUCCCUGGUGUCCAUCACCCUGUCGGGGAACAUGUGGGAGUGCGGCCAGAGCAUCUGCCCGCUGUUUUCCUGGCUGAAGAGCUUCAAGGGGAACAAGGAGAGCACCAUGAUCUGCGCCGGGCCCAAGCAGAUCCAGGGCGAGAGGGUCAGCGACGCCGUGGAGACCUACGACAUCUGCGCCCGGGGCCGGGCGCCGGUCAGCGAGCGGCCGCCCCCGGCGGCCCGGACCCCCCGGGGCCCGCCCCCGCCCCCGCCCCCGGGGCCCGGGCCCACCGGCUCCGGGCCGGAGGGCCACCGGCCCGGCCCCGCCGCCUCCAGCCCGGCCCCGGCCUUCCCCACGCCGGGCCCGGAGCAAGAGUACGAGCACGUGUCCUUCCACAAGAUCAUCGCCGGCAGCGUGGCCCUCUUCCUGUCCGUGGCCAUGAUCCUCCUCGUCAUCUACGUCUCCUGGAAGCGCUACCCGGCCAGCAUGAAGCAGCAGCUCCAGCAGCACUCGCUCAUGAAGAGGCGCCGGAAAAAGGCGCGGGAGUCCGAGCGGCAGAUGAACUCCCCCUUGCAGGAGUACUAUGUGGACUACAAACCGACAAACUCUGAGACCGUGGACGUAUCGGUCAAUGGAUCUGGGCCCUGCACAUACACCAUUUCUGGCUCCAGAGAAUGUGAGAUCCCUCACCACAUGAAGACGACUCUGCCGUUCUACAGCUACGACCAGCCCGUGCUGGGCUACUGCCAAGCCCACAAGCCCCUCCACGUCAAUAAGGGAUACGACACGGUGUCUCGGGAGCAGAGGGAGGCGAACCCCCUCAACCUCAGUCGAGACCACAGCUUCAUCGCCACCAUCGCCCGUUCGGCCGCUCCGGCCAUUUACAUCGAAAGAAUACCCAACUAGACCUCAGGGCGCCUUGGCUUUGGGAACUCUGGGACAGACUUGCUCUGAAGAGAGAGAG